AUGGAUAACACAUUUGAUUAUAGCCAAAUAGAUAUAGAUGAUUUUGAUGAGUUCAACGAUUUUUGUGAUUUAAGAGAUAAGAAAAAAAAAAAGGAUAGUUAUUAUUCAGCAGAUUAUGAUGAAAAUAAUAUAAAAGGUACUGAUGGUACAAAAAAUAAAGAAGGUGUAAGGAAAAGCAAGAAAGAAAAAAUUCAUAAGAAUAAAAAAAAUAAUAAAUCAUCGAAUUGUUCUUAUUCUUCUAAUGAGAAAAGAUUAGAUAAUGGAGAGGAAAGUGAAGAAGAGUAUGAUUCUCUUUAUAAAAAAAAAAAAAAAAAUUAUAAAAACAAUCAACAUCUAACUUCUAAUAAUUAUCAAAAUAAUCUAGACAGCUUAAUUGAGAAAGGUAGUUACGAUGAUAACAAGUCGAACAAAUAUAUGGAUAAUGUAAAAGAAGAUUAUGAUUUGGGGAAAAAAAAAAGUUAUGAAGAUAAUAAUAAAAAAUAUAUGAAUGAUAAUAAUAAUAAUAAUUCUAAUAGUAAAUCAAAGAAUAACAAAAAUAAAGAAAAAUUAAAAUAUUACAGGUGUCGCUAUUGUGAAAUUGAUUCAAUUGAUAGUGUUGUCCAAUGUAAUAAUUGUAAUCGGUGGUUCUGUAACGGAUCCUAUGGGACCUGUGGUAGUCAUAUUGUUACUCAUUUAGUUCGAUCAAAACAUAAAGAAAUUAAAUUACAUAAAAACAGUUUACUAGGUGAAACAAUUUUAGAAUGUUAUAAUUGUGGUUGCAGAAAUGUGUUUUUGUUAGGUUUUUUACCAACUUCAGAAGAAGGAGUAGUUGUUAUUAUAUGUAGAGAUCCAUGUUUGGCAUAUUGUAUAUCUUUAAAUGAGAAAAAUCAAACAAAAGAUGAUAAGGAUGACAAUAUAGAGGAAGAGGAAGAGGAAGAGGAGGAUGAAGAAGAUAAUUCAAAUAAAAAAGAAAAUGAAACCAUUAUAAGUGAUGAAAAUGAAUGUAGUGAUAUGAAUGAGCAAGAAAAGAAUAAAAUAAAUAAUAGGGAAACAGAAAGUAAUGAAAAUGAAGAAAUUAAUGAAAAAAAUAAUAAAGAAAAAAUUAAUAGAUAUGAUAAAGGGGGAAAAAAGAAAAAAGAAAAAAAGAAUGAUAAUAAUAAUUCAAACAAUAAUUUAAAAGAAUUAGGAAAAAUGAAAGAUUGGAAUUUAAAAAAGUGGCAACCAUUAAUAGAAGAUAGAAGCUUCCUUGAUUGGUUAGUUAACAUACCAUCUACAGAAGAAGCAGAAAAAAAAGGUAAAUUAGCUACAUCUUACAAUGUAAAUAAAUUAGAAGAAUUGUGGAAGAAUAAAAAAGAUAUAUAUAUAGAUGAAUUAGACUUAGAAAUAUUAAAUGAUGAACCAGUAAAAGUAGAAUUAAAAUACGAGGAUGCUCAUCAUUAUCAAUCUAUAUUUGCGCCACUUGUCCAAUUAGAGGCAGACUAUGAUAAGUCUAUAAAAGAAGGUCAAAAACAAGCAAAUGUUACUGUUAGAUGGGAUGUUGGUUUAAAUAAAAAAAGAUAUGCUCAUUUCAUAUAUGUAAAAGAGGAAAGCGAAUUAAGAUUAGUAGCAGGAGAUGAACUGAAAUUAUCAUAUACCUAUCCAAAUGGUAAGAUAUGGAGUUGUGAAGGUCAUAUAUCAAGAUUACAUAACACAGAAGAAAUAGCAUUAGAGUUGAGAAUAUUAGGUACAGCUGAUGGUCCAUGGGUAGAUAAUAUAACUACAGGAUUUACUGUUGAAUUUGUAUGGAAGAGUACUGCAUAUGAUCGUAUGCAAUUAGCAUUGAACGAAUUUGCAUUAAAUUCCUAUUCUUUAAGUGGUUUUUUAUAUCAUAAAUUAUUAGGUCAUGAUAUAUCAGAAGAUUCAUUAGAAUAUAAUAAAAAUAAUUUUUAUAAACAGAUGCAAAAAAAAGUAAUGAGUAUAAGGAAUUAUUCUGCACCUAAUUUAGCUCCCCUUAACCAUUCUCAAAUUGAUGCAAUUAAGAAAAGUUUACUAUCUCCAUUAUCAUUAAUUCAAGGUCCACCAGGAACAGGAAAAACUUUAACUUGUGCAACUUUAGUAUAUCAUUUAUCCAAAAUGAAUAUGGGGAAAAUUUUGGUAACAGCACCAAGCAAUGUUGCUGUAGAUCAAUUAUCCGUUCGAAUACAUAGGAGUGGUUUAAAGGUAGUGAGAUUAUGUGCAAAAAGUAGAGAAUCUGUACCAAGUGUUGCUGACUAUUUAUAUUUGCAUAAUCAAAUGAAAUUACUCAAAACAGAUAUAGGUGAAGAAUUAAAUAAAUUAUUAGAAUUAAAAGAAGAAGUAGGAGAAUUAUCUCAGAAGGAUGAAAGGAGAUUAAAAAAAUUAAUAUCUUAUGCAGAACAUGAAAUAUUAAUAGCAGCUGAUGUUAUUUGUGCUACGUGUGUUGGUGCUAUGGAUAAGAGGUUAAAAAAAUUUCGUUUUCGUCAAGUAUUAGUAGAUGAGGCUACUCAAUCAACAGAACCUGAAUGUUUAGUUCCAUUAGUGACAGGUGCAAAACAAAUUGUUUUGGUUGGUGAUCAUUGCCAAUUAGGGCCUAUAAUUGUUUGCAAAAAAGCUGCAAAUGCAGGAUUAGGAAAAAGUUUAUUUGAAAGAUUAGUUAUGUUAGGAAUUACUCCAUUUAGAUUAGAAGUACAGUAUCGUAUGCAUCCAGCAUUAAGUGAAUUUCCAUCAUAUGUUUUUUAUGAUGGAAGUUUACAAAAUGGUAUUACAUUAAAAGAAAGAGAAUAUCCUUUAAAAGAUUUUCCUUGGCCUAACCCUAAAUGUCCAAUGUUUUUUUAUAAUUCAACUGGACUUGAAGAAAUGUCUGCAUCUGGAACAAGUUAUCUAAAUAGAAGUGAAGCAUCUAAUAUGGAGAAGUUAGUUCGAACAUUAUUAAAAUGUGGGUUAAAACCAAAUCAAAUUGGUGUCAUUACCCCUUACGAAGGUCAAAGAGCAUAUAUAACUUCCUUAUUUCAGAAAAACAUUUCUUUUCAACAUUCUGCAGAAAUUGAAGUAGCUUCUGUUGACGCAUUUCAAGGAAGAGAAAAAGAUUUUAUUCUUUUAUCUUGUGUUAGAUCUAAUAAAAAGUUAGGAAUAGGUUUCUUAAACGAUCCUAGAAGAUUAAAUGUUGCUUUAACAAGAGCCAAAUAUGGUCUAAUAAUAUGUGGUAAUGCAAAAGUUUUAUCUAGGCAUCAUUUUAUAUCAAAAGAAAAAAUCAACUCCAAUGAAACAAUUACUAAUGUUAAUUCAGUUUGGAUAAAUUUGUUAAGUCAAUUCAAAAAGAAAGAUUUAAUUGUAGAAGGAUGCUUAUCUAAUUUAAAACCAGUAAAUAUUAAUAUUCCUACACCUACAAAAUUGCCAUCAAGGUAUACAAAUUUCAAUUAUUUUCAAAAUUAUGAAAAAGACAAAAAUAAAAUAUCUUAUAGUUCUCAUAACAAAAAAUACACUAGUAAUAAUAAUUCAUAUAUAAAUGUUAAUUUAUCAAAUAAUAGUUACUGUAGUGAUUCUAUUAUAAAUAAAGAUUUCUUUAGUUAUAUUAAUAAGCAUGGAAACAAAAAUAUUUUUAAUUCAUAUAUUAAUAAUUUAAGUCAAUUAUCUCAGUUUAAUGAUUAUUCUAUGGAUAAUAAAAAUUUUUUAACAGAAAAUAGUAAAAAUUUUGACAUGUCAAUUCCACCAAACAAUAAUUUUUCAAGUCAUAAUUUAUUAUAUUAUAAUAAUAGAAGUAAGGAUAGAAAUUUAUCUAAUAAUUCAUUAGAUCUAAAUAACAAGGAAAGUUACGAUAAUUCUAUUUCAAAAAAUUACGACUUUCUUUUUCCAUAUUUAUUUUAUUAUAAAAAUAAUCAAAAUAAUGGUUCUAUUCCAUAUAUAUAUUUUAAUGAGAAAAAUGAAAUACCUACUCAAUCAACGACACAUAAAAAAGUUAAAAAUAAUAUUUUUAGUAGUUCCCCUAUUCAAAAUGUUCUAUCUCAAGAUAGUUCAAUGGUUUUUGAUGAUUUUAAAUUAAAUUAUGAUAAUACACAACAACUAUCUCAAAAUACGCAACACACAUAA